GGAUCUGCAGUUCGCCUAGAUGAAAGGGAUAAAGCACAACCCGCUGGCACUAGGAAAAACUCCCAACACACAAUCCACAACACAGCUUGGGAACUGAAAAAGCUACAAAUCCGGCCACUCAACUCGGGGGAGCCAGAGAGGAAUCCUCUGCAUUCUCCCGGCCCAGAAACGAGGGAAGAAGCCAAAGUGAGCAACACUUAACAAAGCCAUUUAAGGACCAGAAGGCGGGAGGUAACUACCUGCUGAAAAGAGAAUUUUCUUUUUAACAUACAGUUAAAAAGAAAAAAAAAGCCAAAACAAUUUAGCACUGCCUUUGAUGUAAUGGCAUCUGAUCACUGAUCAGAUUACAGGCAUUUGGUCUCCGUGCUCCUCUGCCUUUGAUCUGCACGGUUAAUUUUAUUUUCCUGGAUUUGGAGUUUCGUCCGGGCUUGUGCUGACACACAUUUUUGGGGGAGGAAGAAGCAUUUGGUACAGAAGUAGUGCCAGUGUGAAACUAAAUUACCGAAAGGGCGGAGACUGGAGAGAUUUCAGCACGUUGCAGAUUGGGAAGAUAGUUCAUCAAAAAAAUGGAAUCUAAAAGAUCACCAAAAGAACUAUUAUUCACAAUAGCAUUUUUGCUAGUACAUUUGCCACAUAGAAUAAUGUCUGAAACAGGAGAUUGUAGACAGCAAGAAUUUAGGGAUCGCUCUGGAAAUUGUGUCCCCUGCAAACAAUGUGGCCCAGGAAUGGAGCUUUCUAAGGAAUGUGGCUUUGGUUAUGGGGAGGAUGCACAGUGCAUGACAUGCAGGCCGCACAGAUUCAAGGAGGACUGGGGCUUUCAGAAAUGCAAACCCUGUCUGGAUUGUGCAUUAGUAAACCGAUUUCAGAAAGCUAACUGUUCUGUCACCAAUGAUGCUGUUUGUGGGGACUGUUUACCAGGAUUUUACAGGAAGACAAAGCUCGUUGGCUUUCAAGACAUGGAGUGUGUACCUUGUGGAGAUCCACCACCCCCAUAUGAGCCUCACUGUACAACCAAAGUGAACCUUGUGAAGAUCCCGUCUACCACCUCCAGUCCUCGAGACACAGCUCUGGCGGCUGUGAUCUGUAGCGCACUUGCCACCGUUCUGUUGGCCCUCCUCAUCCUCUGUGUCAUCUACUGUAAGAGGCAGUUCAUGGAGAAGAAGCCCCGCUGGUCUAUGAGAUCACAGGAUAUCCAGUACAAUGGGUCAGAGCUGUCAUGUUUUGACAGAGCUCAGCUUAAUGAAUAUCCUCACAGAACUUGUUGUCAAUGCCAUCAAGAUUCAGCACAGACUUGUGGUCCAGUUCACUUGAUUCCCUCCUUGUGCUGUGAUGAGACCUGUAGCAUGGAUCGUGGCACUCAUGGCUGUGCCCUCCACUCCAGGACCACCCUUCAUGAAAGGAAUGCAAGUUCAGUGGGGGAAAUGCUUCCAACAUUCUUUGGUUCCAUUCCCCACUCUACCUGUGGUGAGCUUUCAGAUGCCUGGCCGCUCAUGCAGAAUCCCAUUUGCAGCGACACACUCUCUCUCUCUGAGUCUUACUUGGAACUGAAUGGAAGAGAAAGAAAUUCGCUUAACCUGGAAACUGAAAACUCAGCCACUUUGGAUUCAAACAGUAGCCAGGACCGGGUGGGUACAGCAGUUCCACUUCAGUCUCAUCCUGAAGACUUGGCAGAAGCUACUGAAUGUUCUCAACAAAGCACACCAACAGACCCGUCACUAACUCAGGAGACUUUAUCUUUUAGAAACCAACUGGAGCAAGAGAAUGAGGAUGCCAUGGACAUGGUCCCCCAACAUUCCCUCCAGGAAGCCUAAAGGACUCUUUUCUACCAGGAAUGGAAGUGUACAUAACCCUAAUGCCACUCUGCUAACACUGGGGAACCGAACCCAGUCUGGACCUUGGAUGGUUUCUGACGAAGCUGAAUUGAACUGGCCACAUUUCAAGUCCUUCAGCCAACUGUGUCUGAGCCAGACCAGCUGGGUGCUGAAACCCCAGGGCAUAACUUGAGAAAAGACUAAUGGCAGAUUCAUGAUACUUUGCAUCUCUUCCAAACCAGCAGUUUCCCUGCUACAUGAGUGAAUGAAAGGACUAAAGGAUUGAUCUUGGAGCCAAGGAGAUUAUGUCCAUGUAACAGGAAACAGAAUUGAGUUGGGACUUAUAUUCCUCUGCCAAAUGGCUGCAUGAGACUGAAAAGAUGGGGCAUAUGUGAGGCAUCCAUGUUUUGUUUGAAAAAAACAGACAGUAAAUGGCAUCAUACUAGACAUAAGCUUAAAUUGUUUAGUUUUGAUGUGGAAGGAAUUCCAAAGUGAGUUCUUCUGCUUGUGCAAAAAAGUCCUUUUUUGGUAGUCUAAGAUCCCUAGCCCAGGUGCUUAGAGUGCUAAUGAGGCUCUGCCCAGACUGGUUAGCUUCUCACAUAGAAGAACUCAUACAUAGACUACACCCCCAGUGGUAACCAAGUAGCUGACAAAUGUAUGUUCUUGGUCAUAAUUUAUCACCAUUGUUGCCCCCCCAAGUUAACUUAAUACACAUGCCUUACUAGCAGUGGAUUACCUUUGUGUACAAAAGACAAGACACACAUGUAUGUAUUGAUGAGGAAGCUUUUAAUUAUGUUACCUCAGUUUCCAAGGCUGAUCUUCCAGUGCUCAGAAAUGUCUAUGACAUAGUUAAACAGUAUUGCUAGGAUAAAGAGCUUUUAUUAAAGUAGUGCAUUUUGUAUCAAAGACUUCAUAAACUGUAACAUAGAGGUCCAUUCAUCAUGAGAGUGUAGAAUCUGUUAGUAGCCUUUGGCAAAACUCCACAAUACAGUGAAAUCAGAAGAGAAUUCACAGUUUGGUAUUUUACGCUGGUGGUACAUAGUUACAUUAGAAGGGGGCCCUUGACCAGUACCAGUAUGUUAUGGUAUUAAAGCCUCUCCCUGUCUCCAUCAUAAUUACUAACUGAAUAUAGGACCAUAUAGGAAAGUCAUAAAGGCACUCACUCUAUCCCCUGGAUGUGUACUGGAAACUCUGAAGUGAUUUGCUAGGGAAAAAAUAGCCCUGUCAGGGUGAAAAGGAGAUGUGCCUGGCAUGUUUUUGGAGUUCAUUCCCUCUUCUUUUGUCUGAGUAGUUAAAAAGGGCUCUCUGUCUCACUACUACAGCCUAGAUAAUCAGGCUUGCCCUGUGUCUUUUAACUAAUUCUUCUUAACUCUUGGCCACAUUUGCACUUUUUAAACAUUGGUUUUUAUCUCAUCAGCAUUGCCCCUUUCCUCUCCCCGCCCCCAGUCCUUUUAUGUAUAUAAGGUUGAAAGCUGACAUUCAUUUAUUCCCCAGUCUUCUUAAAGUCCAUAUUUUCAGGCAUAUUUUUCCCUCUCAUUUUGUACACUGUGGUUUGACAAUAGUGGAAAACAUAAGGUGUCCUCUUACAAGUAUUCUUGCCUCUCUCCAGUCAAUGUGGGGUUGAGGUACAUCUUUGUGUGCUUGUCUUAUUUGUUCUCCCAUCUCAUUACCUCAGAAAAAGGAAAUGACGUGGUUUCUCCUAGUCUAUAAUCUUCCAUGUCUACCACGUGGACAAACAGAAUUGAAUUUAAAUAUAUAUGUAUAUGUGGGGCAGCUAGGUGGCACAGUGGAUAGAGCACCGGCCCUGGAGUCAGGAGUACCUGAGUUCAAAUCCGGCCUCAGACACUUAACACUUACUAGCUGUGUGACCCUGGGCAAGUCACUUAACCCCAAUUGCCUCACUAACAAAUAAAUAAAUAUUUUUAAAAUAUAUAUAUAUGUAUAUGUAUAUAUAAUAUUACUAUCAAUUAAGUCAAAUAUUUGCAUCACAGCAAUCUUGUAUGUUACAGUACUAAGAAAAACAUAGUAACUAACAAGAAAUUCCAGUAUGUAUUAUUUUGCAAGACACUUUGCUAACCAAGAGCUAACAGAAAUUCUGCAGAACCAUAAGAGGAAACUUAGUUUUCAUGCUAAAAGGACUAUAUGUAGAGAUAUUCUGAAAUUCAUCAUUGGGUCAAAAGUCUAAGCUCAUUUUACUCAUGUAAAUACUGUUGACCCUUUUGAAAAUCAUCUUCAGGAAAACCCCUUUCAUGGACAUUUUCCACAGAAUCUUUAAAAAAUACUUUUGAAAAUAUAAUCAAAGUCUCACCACAAGUGAGUCAUACUGUAUUUAGGUCAACAAAUAGAAAGUAUCCAAGAAAUAUUAGGAAACAGCAUUCAUCUGUAUGAAUUUACUGUAACUCAUACACACAUGUGAUUGAUUCCAAUUGGUUUUUCAUCUACUCAGAGAUUUAGAGAUAGAAAGAACAUUAGAAAUUAUCCAGAUCCAAACUUCUCAUUUUAGAGGUAAGGAAACUGAAGCUCAGCCCAGUGACUUUAAAUAACUUGUCCAAGGUCACAUGGCUAGCUAGUGACAUAGGCAAGACCAGGUCUCAGGGCUCCUGGCUCCCAAUCCAAUAUUUUUCUCCCUACAUCCUUCUACUUUUGUUAUAAGAAAAGGAGUGGUGGCACUGUUUCCUUUUUUUAAAUCACCCUUUGAUCCUCUCAGUAUUUUUUUUUUCCAUAUGAAGAACUCUUACUGACUUCAAUGACAGACACCUGCAAGAGAACACUCAAAGAUGUGAAUGAGAUUUUGGCCUUGGAUCUCAAAACAUCAUUUCUGAUCAAUGGAGAAAUGCUUUGAGUUUCAGUGCCAUUUUGUUAACACCUGCUGAGGAAGCAUACAAUAAUGUUCUGCUGACUCUCUUAGCUUAGUUAAUAGAGAAAUGCAGUGCACACUUCAGAUUCUUAAAGAUAUUGUUGGAAUGUUGCAUGGUAGUCAACAAGCUGACCUUUCAGGGUGUGUAUUCAAAGGAACUCAUAUAAUUCAUGAUUUAAGGCAUGUAGCCUGUUGGAGUUUACAAUCUGGGAGAGCAUUUGGGUUCAAGCAUUGUGAGUGUGCUGGAGCCAACUUGCACAGUUCUCAAGAGCUGAUUAUUAAAUUUCCAGUGUGAGCAUUUACACCUUGAAAAUCAGCAAAUGCUGGAAAUCAGGACUUGAUUUAUUGUCUUGUUGGUUGUCUCAACUUAAUAAAGUGUCAGGAAAAAUGUUAAUAAUGCAGAUUUAACUUAAAAGUGUGUCAUGCAUACUUUUUUGUUUUGGAGAGCUGGUUGUUAAACAUUUACUAAGUAACAGCAUUAUGCAUGAAAUUCAUUCAGAAGAAUGAAGUGUCUAUUGAGAUCACUGAAUUAAAGCACAGGAUUCCCCUUCCCCUCCCCCCUUAAUGUAAAUUGUACAUAUUUUUUUUAAAAAUAGAUUUUUCUACUUUGAAUUGCUAUUGUUUAUGUUGCUUAGGUCAAGCACUGUGGUCUGUGCCAGUAGAAAAUGUCCAUUGCCACUUUAAGGGCAUCAGCUUGAAUGAAUUUAGGUUGCAUCAUUGCUUUUUUUGCAUAUGAAACUUUUUUAAUUUUAUAAAUUAUAGUUUUCUUGUAUAAAUAGUUGUGUGAUGCUUUUUUAUUUGUGAAUAAAGUUGUUACUUAAA